CGAUACAUUCAAUUAUCUCUGCGGUUUGCGGCUGUUGGCGCUUUAAAGUGUGCCCACACACACGGGGUUGUGCUCAGUCGAAUUUUGUUCUCGGACCAUUAAACAUUACCCAUUCAGCAUUCAGCAUUCAGCAUUCAACAUGGAAGGCCAACGCGUGGCAGUCGUCGCAUUUGCUGUUGUUCUCGCCGGACUGUGCGUGCUAUCCGGCCUGAAUGCGGCACCCGUGGAAUGCAAUAAUGGCAAUGGCAUCCAGAUCUCUGACGAUGGCUUCCAGAGCCAGACUCAAACCGGUCCCGGCUGCCAGACCCAGACCUCCGAGGACGGCACCCAGAGCCAGAGCCAGAGUCAGUCGGGCAAUGGCUACCAGUCGCAGACGCAGUGCAGCGGCUCAUCCUGCGGUCAGUUCAACACCUUCCCGCCUCUGUUCACCUUUGAGCCGAUGGAGCCCCUGAAACCCAUCACCUGGCAGCCUUUUGGCCAAAUGGGGGGCAAUCAGCUGCAGCAGCAGUACACUUAUGGCUAACUUCUUGCCUAAAGGAAGUAUUUUAAUAAAACUUUGAAUUUUUCAUAUUUCAAAAAUA